AUGGUGAUUGUUGCUCAGAGUGGUCACAGUCGGAUCACCAAUUCAUGGGUUCUUGGUAGACUCCUUCGAGAUACAAGCGAUAAAAUGGAUGAAGAAAUGAGGGGCGAAGCACCUCAUCGAAGUACAGGUACUUGGUCUACUUGGAAUCCAUCAUUCUGGAGAGCCAUGUUUGGACUGGAGCCGAAAUCUGAGUUGCCAUCCAAACCAUGGGAAGCGCUUCGAAUCGAAGUUUAUGAAUUAAUAGACGACGAGGAAAUUGAGCACGGGGUGCCAGAAAAAGAUGGAAUCUGGCUUCUAGGCUUUUUGGUGAUUUUUAUUCAAUUAAUCAUUGCCAUGAUACCAUGGGUCAUCAAUAACGAGUGGGGAACCUUCCUAAUAACAUGCUAUGGUAACAUUCUCGCAUUGUUAACAAGCUCGCUGCCUCAGUGGAGACGUGAGAAGUGGGCUUGUCCAAGGAAAGGCGGCCCUACCGUAACAAUCACUGAAGGAAACGGCAGCCGUUUUGCAAUGAUCAUUUUAAGCAAAAAGGGCGUUGGGCUAAAUUUCGAGAUUUUGGCUCGCGGGACCAGAACUGCACCGGCAUCCCUGUUGACGAGAUUAGCUACAUCAUUCUUUGCUGUAAACUGGAUCAUUCUUCUAAUCACAGCAGUAGGCUUGAGUAUUGAUACCUGGUAUAUUCUUGGAAUUGGUACCCUUGGCAGCAUCCACAAUAUCGCAUCCGCGGCACUUUCGCGGAGCCCAAGCGCCCUCGGCAUUCAUAUCAGGAAAACUGGGGAGGUUUUUCGCGGACCUCGUGUGGCGGAAGUUUUGAAAACUGCUGAAGAGCGAUAUCCUGGAGUGGGGCUAUCUCUUGUUCCUGUGUUCUUCCCCGGAUCGAUGCGGGUCCAAGAGAACAGUUUUGGAUUUUGGAGGACUGCUCAAGAUCGGGUCAUGGCCCCUAAUAAAUGGGGAACACGUAUAGAUACUCUACCUUCUGCCAAUUCUGAAAAUUUCGAAAUUGACGGAGAAGGUGAAGGUGGGCUCAAAGGAAGGAGUAAUCAAGGGGUUUAA